AUGAUUGACCGAGUCAUUUCACAUUUUGGAUCAACAAAGAUUACGGAAAUUUCAAGUAACUUUGCUGAAAAUCAAGAGCAAUAUAUGGUGGAAGAAGUGAAAAAGGUAGGAGAAAAUGCAGUGAUGUGUCAUAGAUUGAAUUUUGAAAAGGUAGUAUUCAAUUGCCACCAAGGGCGUGACACAACCGCUUAUGUGGUCUCAUUGGUAUCCUCAGAUGGAACUAAAACUAAGGCUUUAACACUCUGCCACCAUGACACAAGAGGUAUGAAUCCUGAAUUGCUUUAUGAAGCACUCGAAGUUACUCCUGGAAUUGUUCCUGUAUAUUAUUUCAUUGGCAAUAAGGCUGCUGCAUGGGUACCAAAGCAUACCGUGGACAAUCUUUGUGUCAUAUAG